AUGUCCAAACAACCACCCUCAUACACCGACAACCACGACGACAACAACGACCCCUCCGACCCUCCCCCCUCCUACACCUCACUCACCUCAACCACUUCCCCCUCCUCAUUCUCACAACAACUCCCCCAAACCCUCUCCUCCCUCACCUCCCUCCUCCGCACAACGCAAGCCCAACAAUCCGCCCUCGCCUCCCACAAAACGACAACCCUCCUCCCCCUCCUCACCCCGCAUCUCACCGCCCUCCUCACAACCCUCGCGACAUCCCCCUCCCCGCCGCCCCUCGCCGAGCUCGUCUUCGUCCCCGCCGCCGCCGUCGGACCCCGCUGGAGCAUCGCCUCCGAGACAAACGAAGUCGUCCAGGUCAUCCGCGUCUCUCCCCCACCUCCCGCAGAUUCAAAGGGGCACCUCUCAAAACCGGAACAAACCCCCGCCGCAAACCCAGGCGAACCCUCCUCCUCCUCCUCCCUCCGCGAACCAUCUUCCUCCUCAUCCCUUCGCCCCAACCCACCCGCCGCCUUCGACGAAUGGGGCCGCUGGUCCGACUCCUCCUCCUCCUCCUCCCCAGAAACCGCCCAGGAAGAAGAGUGGUGGUGGGCCGACGAGGACAUGGCGCGCCGCCUCGCGCGGCAGCUCCAGCCCGAGCCCAAGCUCGACCGCACCGUCGUGCGGCAGGUCGUGGAGCAGGUCAUCCAGGAGAAGAAGAAGGCGCGGGGGUGGGGGCUGUUCAGGGGCGGAUCGUCAUCAGAGACGGCAGCAAGUUCAUCGUCAGCGGCACCGCGGCCAGAAGUAAGCAAGGCAAGGAAUCAGCAGCAGCAGCAGGACGAGGAUGUAAGCAUGACGGUGCGUGCGGAGGAGGUGACCUUUCGCAGGGAGAACGAGAUGGGGAUCUGGGAGAGCAUGCGAGGAUGGGGUAUUGUGGCGCGCGUCAGGAUUCGCAGAUGA